UGUAAAGCAGGACGCUUGGUGGCGCUGCAGGCUAAGAGAGUGAAAAACUGUCUCUGCAGACUCCAUAAAAGCUGAGCGGUUUCUGGCAGCUGGAAAAGGAAACGUUUUACACUAUUGGGGAUAGAGGGUUUCAGAGAGACAGCUAUCCCCAUGUCAGUCAAUGUUAAGAAGAAUUAACUCAAGAUUAUUGAACCAAGAUAGCAGAGUCGGCUGCAAAGCAAUUAUUUUGGGAUUAAAUACCGCAUCUGUUGGACCCUGAGGAAUGAUGGAGACGCCGCUACCAAAAGCGCCACAGAAAAGGCGAGUGACCGCCAUUAUUAUCCUAUUACUAUUGUGGGAGGCGGGCGGUGCGACCAUUAAGUAUUCUGUUCUAGAAGAGAGGGACAGCGGCUCUUUUGUGGCCAACAUAGCAAAAGAUCUGGGGCUGGGCAUAGGGGAGCUGGCCGCGCGGGGCGCCCAGAUUCUUUCCAAAGGGAAUAAACAGCAUUUGCAGCUCGAGCAGAAGAGUGGAAAUUUGCUCCAAGAAAAAAAAUUGGACCGGGAAGAGUUGUGUGGUGACACAGAUCCAUGCAUACUGCAUUUCCAGGUGUUACUGAAAAAUCCGGUGCAGUUUAUUCAAGGUGAACUACAGCUCCUAGAUGUAAAUGACCAUGCCCCAGAAUUCUCGGAAAAUGAAAUCCUCCUGAAAAUCCCGGAAAGCAGCCAUCCGGGGACUGCAUUUCCUUUGAAACUAGCUGAAGAUUUAGACGUAGGCAGCAACACAGUUCAGAACUACACAAUUAGCACCAACUCCCAUUUCCACCUUUUCACUCGGAAUCACAGCGACGGCAGGAAAUACCCGGAGCUGGUGCUGGACAAAGCGCUGGACCGUGAGGAGCAGCCGGAGCUCAGGUUAACCCUCACGGCGCUGGAUGGCGGGUCACCGCCCAGGACUGGGACUUCCCAGGUUCUCAUCAUAGUCCUGGACAUAAAUGACAAUGCCCCUGAAUUUGCUCAGCUGCUCUACGAGGUGCAGGUCCCAGAGAACAGCCCCAUAGGCUCCCUUGUCAUCACCGUCUUCGCUAGAGAUUUAGAUGCUGGGAUCUACGGAGAGCUCUCCUACUCAUUUUUCCAAUCAUUAAAUCAAGUCGUUCAGGCCUUUGAAAUAAACGCCGUCACGGGAGAAAUUCGAUUAAUAAAAAUGUUGGAUUUUGAGGAAAUUCAAUCUUACCGUAUGGAAAUUGAGGCCUCAGACGGUGGGGGUCUUUCAGGAAAAUGCACCGUAGCCAUAGAAGUGCUGGAUGUAAACGACAACGCCCCCGAACUGACCAUGUCAUUACUCAUCAGCGAUGUCCCAGAAAACACCCCUGACACUGUGGUCGCUAUUUUCGGAAUUUCAGAUCCAGACUCCGGAGACAAUGGCAAAAUGAUGUGCUCCAUCCAAGACCAUCUCCCCUUCCUUCUAAAACUUACUGUAGAAAAUUUCUACACUCUGGUAACAGAAGGAGCGCUGGACAGAGAGAAACGAGCCGAGUACAACAUCACCAUCACCGUCACCGACAUGGGAUCCCCCAGGCUGAAAACUCAGCACAACAUCACGGUGCUGGUCUCCGACGUCAAUGACAACGCCCCCGCCUUCACCCAAACCUCCUACACCCUGCGGGUCCGCGAGAACAACAGCCCCGCCCUGCACAUGGCCGCCUCGCUGGGUCGCUGCUCGGUGCCUGAGGGCCACUUUCCGGGCCACCUGGUGGACGUCGGCGGUACUGGGACCCUGUCCCAGAGCCACCAGUAUGAGGUGUGUCUGAAGGGAGGUACUGGGACCAGCGAGUUCAAGUUUCUCAAACCGGUAGUCCCCAUCUUCACGGGUGAAGGAGCUGGUGGGGACACUGAGGAAAACUCUAACUUCAGAAAUCAUUUUCGGUUCAAUUAG